AGUAGCAUUCGCGCCUUCUACAAACGUCGACGAAAAUCCGCGCGCAUUUUCUCGAAAUAUAUCCGGAAAAGUUUUGAAACUACUCAAACCGAAACCAAAAUAUUUGAUAAAGACGUUGGAAUUUUGUUUUUAAUAACGUUUUUUUUUUUAUAUAAAAAGAUGGAGUAAAGGUCGAAUAUAUUCGGAAGGUAGAGAAUCAGAUAAGCUCUAUUGGAAUUUUUCGUGAAACGGAUGCUCUAAAAUUGAUUUUCAAAUGGGAUUAUGGCAACUAGAAACAACCAGACGACGUUCGAUAAUAUUGAUUUCAAUAAUUACAGUGACAGUGAGACCUUUUACAAUUCAGAACUUUGGGCUCAACCGAACUUUAGAGAAAUAUCAGUGUAUUGUGCUUUAUUUGUCGUUGCUGCCGUAGGGAAUUUAACUGUGUUGAUAUCAUUAUUCCGCUCGAGGCAUCGGAAAUCAAGAAUAAGUUUAAUGAUCACUCAUCUCGCUAUAGCGGAUUUGAUUGUUACUUUUAUCAUGAUUCCUCUAGAGGUAGGAUGGAGGUUAACGGGGCGUUGGUUGGCUGGAAACGUGGCUUGCAAAGUAUUCCUCUUUCUGAGGGUAUUGGGGCCUUACCUGAGUAGCAAUAUCAUAGUUUGCGUUUCCUUGGAUCGGUAUUUCGCGGUUUUGUAUCCACUUCGGGUAAGCGAUGCAAGACGUCGAGGAAAAAUUAUGUUAACAGUUGCCUGGAGUGCAUCCUUCAUAUAUUGCAUACCGCAGAGCUUCGUAUUUAGUGUAAAGUCUCCCUCGAACGUUCCACAAUUUACUCAAUGUGUAUCAUUCGAUUUUUUCACUACACCAUCUCAAGAAAUAGCCUACAAUUUUUUGUGUGUUACUUUCAUGUACUUCAUACCUUUAUUUGUGAUAAUUGUAGCCUACACCGCCAUAAUGUGCGAGAUAUUCAGAAAUUCCAAAUCUAUACAAAGUGAGUCACAACCUUUAUCCGAUGGAAAGAUAAGACUCAGGCGUUCAGCAGUUAAUAUAGAAAAAGCAAAAUGCAGAACUCUAAAAAUGACUAUAAUAAUAGUAGCUGUUUAUAUUUGGUGUUGCACUCCAUACGCAAUUAUUACUUUAUGGUAUAUGAUAGAUAGAGAAAGUGCAGAACGUUUACCGGAAUGGAUACAAGAAACGUUUUUUAUAAUGGUGGUCACAAAUAGUUGCGCAAAUCCCAUAAUUUACGGCAGCUAUAUAAUAACUUGCAAAAAAAAACGUAAAUACGUCGCGUGUUUCGACAAAAAACAAAACUGCAUCAAUGGAGGUUCAGCGAUUACAAAAUCGACAGGUGUACGGACUCCAGGGACAAACUUCCGCUUUCGUAACGAUUCAAAUCGAAUGUAUAAAUUAGAAAAAUAUCCUGAGGAACAGAAUGAACGUAUACGUUCCGUUGAAUGUCCACCGUCUGCGGCGAGAGUGAGUUUCGCCCAGAGCAGCUCCAGCCGUAGUCAACCGAUGUCUUUCUACAGCGAACCCGUAACUAAUCCUCUGGGAUUCAUAUGCGACGAAAUAAAAUUAUCUGAACCGGAUCUAUCAUUGAAAACGACGCUAGUCGUCAAUGUUCAUCAAGCCAAAGUGCAAUACCACCAUCACGGGUAUUCAAAUAACGUUCGAAAAAUGUGAAUAGGAAGAAAUGGGAAGCUCUUAAAACCGAGCUGGGUAGUGCCUUUUUCAAAAUUGAAAUUAUCGAAUAUAUUCACUUCAUCCCGUUAAACAACAUCGAAUUCAUUAUUUUUUUAUUGUAUAUUUUGUCCAUCACUUAUCUAAUUGUUCUACUUUCUCUUUCCAUGUCUCAAAUUCUUCGUCAUUUUUUCACCAUGUCCAAGCUUAAAAAUGUAUGUCCUUUUUCAUUUGUUUAUUUUAUGUCUGAUUGUAUCCUGUCAAUCAGUUCUUCUGUCUCUUUUUAUUAUAUAUUGACCCCGUUUGCCUCAGCAAUCCUUUCUUUUCUUCUCGUGUAUCAUCUUCUUCGAUGUAACUGAUUAUUUUGUUGUUGUCUAUUAUCCAUCUACAUUCGACCUCUAUAAACUUUUCGCUUUACGUCUCUUAUAUUCAACUCUCUUAAUUUCAUUCUUCGGUUAACUAUUUAUCUCCUCAAAGUGUCAACUGUCAACUUGUAUACCUACGCACAUUCUUUUUCUUUAUUUCUUUCUACCCUUUCAGUCAUUUUACAAUCCAUUAUUUCUUUAUUCUGUAUUAGACGAUACUAAAAUAUACUUUAACAUGUAAUUCUCAAUAUUCUUUUGGUUCCACGAGCAUUUGAUUAUUUUCAGAAGCUUUACUAUGAUUAAGUAUUGAAGUUUACUUGUAAUUUAAUUUUUGAUUCACACAAUUCAUUCACAAAUGGCACACACCCCGUAUGUUACGUUUCUAACAACCGCUCAUUAACUUGACAAUACUUGUAUUACAUGCGAACAAAUAUUGCAAAUCUCUAGAACUAACCGAAUUAUUAAUUAUAAAUUAAAAGUAUUGACAUAUCUGUGACAAGUUGUUCGAAAAAGUUUUUCAUUAUUUCUCUGAAAGAUGCUUGAACUGAAAGAAAAGUUCCUACCGUAUUUUCAUAAUUUGAAGUUGGUUAUAUCACCAAAUUGUGUGAAAAAUUACCAUUUUUUUUUUACUAAAACUGUGGUUUGUAAGGUUAUAAGCUUUAAAUAGAAUGUCAGUCAGAAAUUUGUCAGUUAAUUAAUUUGAAAUACAAAAAACACUAUUUUCGACAAUUGUUUUCAUUCAAUAACUCAUUUAUAGUAUAGAAUCGUUUCUCGUAUCGUUUUAUAUUACUUUCAGCACUCGAAAAACGUUAUUACUUUUGUUUGUUCAAACCAAUUUCGUUUACUACGAAUACGUUUACCAGAUUUUUCCGCCAAAGGAAAUAAAAAUUGCUUUGAUUACUUUAUAUGCCUUAUUUUUCGUUUAAACUGUUAAUUUAGUUUUUUUUUAACAUAUAAACGAAAGUUAAAAGAGAAAACAUGAUUAUUUUUUGGAAUUACUUAGAUGUAUAAAGGAUAUUCCGAGUUUAUGAAACAAAUUUAAAUGCUCUCAAUAUUUAUUUGUAAAACUUUUCGAAUACCUCUCGUACUAUUGCGUUGAUCUAAUCAACUUAUUAUUUCUACUACUUGUUAAUACUUCCUAAACGAAAAACGGACUUUUUCAGUACGAAUUUGUUAAAAAAAAUUAAUAAUAAUAAACAAAAUCAGUAUUACUACUAUAAAUUAUUUUAAAUCAUAUUUAAAUUUCUAUAUUGUUACAAUAAUUGUGAAAUUUCUGUGAUGUAUGUACAUUGUACAGAUUCUAUUAUGAAUAAAAAAUGUUUUCA